AUGUCUAAACCAGUGAUUGUAGUUGGUGCUGGGGUUGUAGGCCUUAGUUGUGCUCUUGUAUUAAGUGAAAAAGGUUACAAGGUCACUGUUAUUGCUAGAAAUUUACCUACUGAUGCUUUAACCGCAGAAUAUACUUCACCUUGGGCUGGUGCCCACUUCAGACCCCAACCUUCCAGGAGUGAGUCAGAUAAGAAAGAAAUGGAAAUGACCAGGAUUACCCAAAAAUACUUUCAGAAAUUGGCUGUUGAUGAACCUUAUAGUUCCAUAAAGUUUGUGGAAGGUAUAGAAUACUUUGAAAAUCCAGAUUCCCUUAUCAAAGAUCUUGGUUAUGGAUAUACUGAAGAUAUUGAGGAUUUCAAGGUUCUCGACCAGAAAGACCUCCCUGAAGGUUCUGUUUUUGGUACUAGCUAUAAAGCUUGGACUUUAAACUCCCCUCAUUACCUCAGAUACUUGUAUAAUAAGUUAAGCUUCCGUUAUGGAGUGAAUUUUGUCCGUCAACUGUUCGAUAGCUUGAAAGAUAUCUUUGAAAACUAUCCUAAAUCCACCAUUAUCAACGCUUCAGGACGAGGAUUACAAUAUGAUGGUGGCUAUGACCCUCAAGGUUUCCUCAUCAGAGGUCAAACAUUAUUAGUGAGAGCUCCUGCAAAUUGUCCAUAUUUAGAAAAGACUAUCACUCAUCAAUCCAAAGAUGGUUUAUGGACUUUUGUUAUAGGAAGACCCUUAGAUGGAGGUGUGAUUUUAGGAGGUACCAAGCAAGUAGAUAUUAGUCAGACCACUCCUAGAGAAGAAGAUACUCAAGCCUUAAUUGCUCGUGGGAAGAAAUUAUACCCUGAACUUUUCAUUGACGGGGAAUUAGAUAUCAGAAAUAUUAAUGUAGGUUUUAGACCUGCUCGUAAAGGAGGGGUUAGAGUUGAAAUGGAGAAAAAACCCGAAGGUAAUAUCAUUCAUGCCUAUGGAUGUGGAGGUAUGGGAUAUGAAUUAUCCUACGGAAUGGCUCAAAAAGUAUUUGAAUUAUUCCAAACUAUUCCAACUACCCCUAAGCUUUAG